ACUAUGCUACAUAUCUGAGUCAUUCCCUCAGACAUUCUGCCUUGUAUCAGCACUUCCUCAUUUAAAGCAGGGACUGGAUUCUAGCACUGCAUUUGAUUUUCAGCCCUCUCGAGCAAAGUAUCAAGAAAAUCUACAGAGACCCAUCCAGUGGAUCAUUUGUUACCUUACACGGAGUUUGGAAACUCUGAAGUGCAGCCAUCAGAGGGCAGAAGUGGUGUCACUGAUGUUCCGCUCUAAUCAAGGAAUCAGCUGUAAUGCUCCGACUCUGAAAAUGAUGGCUAACAGAAAAAUGGGCACCCAUGUCAGGUGCUGAAAAUGCCACCAGAGCCUCAUGACCUGCUGCUACGGAGGGAGCUACUAGACGAGUCCUACAAGAAUAACACUGAUGCCCCAAACCCUUCUACCAUGUGUUGGAACGGAAGACAGAGGCCACAGCCCGGAACUGGCUUUUCACUUUGGGUGAUCUAGACACAUUUGGUAGCAUGAAGCGUGAGCAAUAGCAGCAGCUGCCAAAGCUCUGUCCAAAGUCUAGAAAUCUCCAGAAAUCCACUUCCAAAUGAGAGGUUUCCUAUGGUUAAGAGCCAGCUGGGGACACUGCCAAGUUCCGGUAUGGACUGCUGAAUCAUCAGCACUAUCUCAGAGAAACCAGAUCUGGAGUUUUAUUUGCACAUUCACCUGUGCAUGCCCUGAAAGCCAGAUACCAAGGGGAAGCCAGCACAGAUAAAGGAGUGCAUGCUGGUGGCAUUAAUGAAGUGACAGGAUUCACAGAGAUUGGGACAGUGCAAAAAUGAACAGGGAACAUAUUCUCUGGAUACCCUCCUACUUACUGCUGUGUUUUUUCCCUGGUGCCGUUCCCCACACAGUCUUGUGCCAUGCAGUCAGCGGAGACACCGUUAUUUUGCCCUGUGCCAUUAAAACUCCUGGAAAGUUGGCCAUUUCCGAUUAUUCGAUAUACUGGCAGAUAAACUCAUCCUUGGUAGUGCAUGUUUUUUACAAGGGGAAGGACCGGCUCACAGAGCAGUCCAGAAGAUACCACAAUAGAACCAGGCUCUUCUUGGAUCAGCUGGAGCAUGGUAACUUUUCUCUGAUGCUCUCUGGAGUUGAGCCAACUGAUGAAGCUGUGUAUACCUGCAUCUCUAGAAACAGAGUGACCGGAGCAAGGAAGACAUAUGUGAAACUCAACGUCUCAUCUCCAGAUAAUCAAUUAACGGAAAGAAAUGUUAUGCCUUCUGGUCAUAUGGACGGUUUACCAAAUUGUCCUGGUGAUACAAUGGAUGUGGAUAUUCUUGUGUUCUGUUCUCACUUUCUUAUGGUGUUGGUGGUUUGGAUCUUGUAACUGUGAGAUCAGGGUUUUUAUCUGCAAACCUAUUCUGGUGAGGGACUUUCAGCAAAGCACUCAUCUGUCAGGACUGCACAACUACUAUUCUAGAAGCUACAAAAAAACAAGGCAUCACCCCUUGAAAACUGGUCUUCUGUUAGGCACCUAUAUCCAUAGUUUGGUGUUCAAAAAAGAAACUUGGUUUUUUUCAGAGGCACUGGCCAUCUACAGGACCAAGUGGCUUCACUGAGAGGUGCUAAGCCUGGUUUUAUCACCCACCUUCAGAACCUUAGCUGUAGGCCUUCAAGUUUGAAAAUUCUAGCCAUGCAAUUUUCUUGUAUUUUUUAAUGACAAUUUUGAACCCAGCUAAGGUUCACAGUGCCAACAGAUUAAUGACAAUUAUACUGCCAAUGUGAUCCUUCAGAUAAGAUUGCAUGUGCUUCACAAAAAGGAGAAGUGGAAGUUGGAGAAAGCAUAGCCACAUUGUGCGUCAGAGAAAAAGUGGAAGUAGUAGGGAUGUCUGCCUUUGUGAAAAAUCAAGGGUGGAAAUAUUGUGACAUGAAAUUGGAGGCUGUGAACUAUGGCUCUUCCUUUUACUCCUGAAUAUCAACUGCAUCAUCAGUACAAAGAAAUGACCCAUUCAGUCAGUCAAAGGAGAAGUUGAUGGCAGAGGAUGUUUAAAAAAAAAUAAAAAGCAAUCCCGGAGGAAGUGCGCAACAUAUGACAAAUAAACCAAAGACUUUGAAACUGAUUUUUCCCCUUCUUCCCCCAAAGAAAAUAAGUACAUUAAAUGCAGCAAAAGGACAAGUAUAGAACUCCUGUACUACUUGGGUUUGGGUAUGAGCAAUUCUGCAGCCUUUGGAUAUGGAGUCACUAAGUUCUCUAGUUUGUGUUCAGCACUUUGCUUUCCUUUUUUUGUUUUUUUGUUUUGUUUUUGUUUAAAGUAUCCAUGUUUAAGGAGCAAAAUCUAUCAUCCCUCCCCAUCUGGUUUGCAUUCACUGCCUUCCUCCUUAAACUGUGACACACAGCCAUAACUAAAGAUGUUGUCUUGACAUUGUUAAAGUUGAAACUUUCUUCCUACUGAUAAUACAAAGUACAGUAUUUCUUUGUCCAUUGCAACUACACUAUUGUGUGGCUGUGAACAGACUAAGGACUCUCUCACCAGGUUGGAACAGAGAGAGAGAGUGUGACACAAUGCCAAUGCAGGGUAUAGAUACAUAGCAAUGUAAGCCCAGGUUUCCUGCUUUACACCAAAGCCCCCUUGGAUCCACAUACUAUAGAUGUUAACCGAGGGCUCAAACCUAGGACAACGGGUGUUAACCUAGGGUCCUAGGACAUUGGAGAGUUGGAGAGUCCAAGCCCAUGUUAAGCUGGAACCUAGGGUCUAAGCCCUGUUGCUUUCCUAUGUGCAGUGCACAUGAUCCCAACUUGACAUGGGCCCUGGAACGCCUCUGCAUGUAUCCCAGAGUUCUCUGGGACAACUUCCUUAGUCAGUCCUUUGCCCACGAUCUGUAGCACAGUCUAUUGCAAACAGAUCAGCAUAACCCUACCCAUGUCUGAACACUGGUCUUCAAGGAAACUACCAGAGAGCCUGCAGUACAGGUACUGACCUCCUGGGUGUGCCAGGACUCAAGCUCCCACAGGGCCAGAUACAUCUUUUGUGGGCCCCAGUACCUAGACUGUUGCCACGCCCAAGCCCCCUGCCCCGCCAAUCUCUUCCCUCCAGAGACUCACACAGCAGAGGUGGCGUGGAAAAGGGCACCCACUGGCAAAAACCAAAGUCAGUGCUUGAGGGCUGCAGGGGUUUCAAUGCUAACCGAUCAGAAAAAGCUUUUUGCAGAGAGCUGCUUGCUGGUCACAAGAACACAGUCAGAUUUUGGUGCUUGCUCCUCAGGCACCCCAGCACAUGCAGCUGCUGAGAGGGCUGGCAGGGGGCUCAGGAACUACAGCCAGAGAGCAGAGCAGGGCUUAAGCAGCUGCUCUGCAGGGAGGGGAACAUCAGAGGUCCCAGUUCAGCAUGACUGGGGAGGAGGGAUGAUCCGCAACACCCUGGCUUCUUCCCUUCCCUUCAGGACAGCCACUUGCUCCCUGCUCCACUCUGUGACCCUUGCAGCCCACUCUGGGCUGCAUGUGCAGGGGCGCCUGGGCACUGUCAGGGUGGCAAGUGGCAACCAACCCCAAAACCUCCUGUAGCUUCCUAUAGUGGUGCUGCCAGCUCCUCAUUGCUGCUGAGCUUGGCCAGAGCAGGAGCAAAGCUGACAGGUAGGUGUGGGGGGGGUGCUGGGAGGUGUGGGGGCCCAAAGGCCAGCUGGGGCUAUGCUGGCUGGCUGGCAAGCAGCUGCUCCCUGGGUGGACAUGAGGGGGCUGCAGGAUGGAGGGCUGCCCCCAGCUGUCUAGUGCUGGGGCAAAGGCCUAGGAGGGAUGGUUUCAGCUCUGGCUUUGGGACUAGGGGGGCCACUUGCCAGCAACAUGCAGAGAGCUGUUCUCAGCCUGCUGAUGUUACAGGUGUGUCCAUCCCUCUGUAGUCACUCUGCAGAAGAUCUGUCCCCAGUGCUUGCUGCCUCAUUGGGGUCAUUCUGGAUCAUACUUGUUCCGCCCAUCACACUCAUCCCUUUCCAUGUGAUGGAAAACAGUUGGAUUCCAGGCACACCCCAUUGCCCUGGCACAACCAAACCCUGA